CUCUUCUUGACUUUAUCUUUUUUUUUUUUAAUUAUUUCUAUUUCUUAUUUCAUUGCUUUCUUAAUAUUAUGUCAGAUAACAAUAAUAAUAAUAACGUAAGAGGUACUGCAGAUCUAUCAAAGAUUCGCAGUAAAUCAUAUGAAUUACCAAGAUAUAGGAAGGAGGACAAAAAGAGGACAAGUUAUACCCAUUUUACUCCUAUGGCGACAAUGCCAAAUCAAAAUAAUAUGCCCCGUCCUCAUUUUAACCGAAUGAAUACUACGGGACAAUAUCAAAUGAAUCGACAACAGAUUCGUCCAAAGGUUUCAAGCAGAACGAAUACAUCUUCAUUUAUUGGACCUUCUGCAAAACGAAUGUCAAUGGCCAGAACGAUUUCUUCUUUAUCACUUUAUAGUAACUUUGCUGGUGAGCACUUGGAUGACCAUCAUCAUCAUCAUCAUCGACAUUCUAAGCCUAACCUCGAUAAUAAUAUGAUUGAUGAGGAAAAGAGAGAUAGCUAUGAUUCAACAAUUCCAUCCUCUUCUGUACAUAAACAUGAAGUAUCUUUCAUAGAUGAAGCACAUGUAGAAGAUCUUGAAGAUACUACUGCACCUAAAGCUUCGGUUGGUAAAGCGAUGUUUAUGUUCUUGAAAGCAUUUAUUGGAUCUGGUGUUCUCUUUUUACCCAAAGCGUUUCAAAAUGGUGGUUUAGCUUUAUCUAUCGUUUUAAUGGUCGUCAUUGCUGUUAUUUGCUUAUUUGCUUUUUUAAGAUUAGUGAAUACACAAAAAAUAAUUGGUGGAUCUUAUGGUGACAUUGGCGGUGUCCUGUAUGGACAAAUAGUUCGUUUUAUUGUCUUGUUUUUCAUUUGCAUCUCUCAAAUUGGUUUUGUUUGUUCUUAUUUUAUUUUUGUUUCGGGUAAUCUUGUUAAUGUAGUUGAUGUUCUUUCUAAUUGUACUGCUCAUAUUGCUCAAAAGUACUAUAUUUGGAUGCCCUUAAUUAUUUUGAUUCCAUUUGCAUUAGUUAGACAUAUUGCUAAAUUGUCUUUUACGGCUGUAAUUGCGGAUAUCUUGAUUUUGUUUGGUUUGGUCUGUAUUAUCUAUUUUACAGCUGCUCGUUUAAAGGACUUUGGUAUUGGUCCAAAUGUGGCUGCUGUAAAUCCUCGAGACUUUGCCUUAAUGAUUGGUACUGCCACUUUCUCUUUUGAAGGCAUUGGUUUAAUUAUUCCAAUCGUUGAAUCUAUGGAGCGACCCGAAAAAUUCCCUUUUGUUCUAACGCUAGGUAUGAUUAUUGUCUGUGUAAUUUAUAUCUUGAUUGGCACACUUUCAUAUUUGGCUUAUGGUGAUACGACUCAAUCUGCUGUCAUUUAUAAUUUCCCUUCUGCUAAUCGUUUAACAAUUACAGUUCAAUUGUUAUAUUCACUUGCUAUCUGUCUUACCGCACCCUUGAUGCUCUUCCCUGCCUUGAAAAUUAUUGAAAACGGUCUCUUUUAUAAAUUUAAAUCAAGCGGUAGAGAGAGUCUUGGUAUCAAAUGGUCCAAGAAUGUGUAUAGAACCAUCUUAUGUAUCGUUUGUGCUGCUAUUGCCUUUGGAAUUGGUGGUGAUAAUUUAGAUAAGUUCGUUUCCUUGGUUGGCUCUAUCGCUUGUGUUCCCCUUUGCUUUAUUUUCCCUGGUAUGUUUCAUUUAAAGGUCUCUAAGAAGAUGCUUGAUCAUAUUUGGGAUUAUCUACUUAUUAUCUUUGGUACUGGUAUCAUGAUCUAUACUCUCUAUGUUAAUAUCAAUUCAUGGGUUCAUCUUUCUUCUGUUGCUGAACCUGCUACUUCCUACUGCCCUAGUUAAAUACAUACAUACAUACAUACAUAUAUACAUAUGUAUAUGUAUAUCAUACUUUUGUAAAAUAUAUCCCAUGUAAAUAAGUCAC